AUCAAUACUGCCACUUUGAAUCUCCAGUAUAUUCUGGGGGGCCGUCUAACAGCUAGACAGCUAACGGAUUAUCCCAAUUGAGACUAAUCUUGGAUUCAAGUCGACUCUAGGAGCCAAGUGCGUUUUGCGCGCUCUUCUAGUCUCGCCAUGGGCCGCAAACCGAACCCCUUGAUCCUCGAAUACUUCAUUCGCGGGGCAAAGCUCAACGACAACAGCAAUAGAUACCAGCAUACCUGCCGUCGAUGCGGAGAAAAUUUCCCCAAAGGCCGAAUCGAUAGUCUGACGACGCAUAUCACCAAGAAAUGCCCGGCCAUUAACGAAUCGGAUCGCAUGCAGGCAUGCUUGGAGCUUCAUGGCAUCUCCAACGCGCGAGCAGCUGCUGCCGCUGGCCUGCCCAACACCAACACGACGGCCAAGGCACGCAAUGCGAAUGGAAACCCGCUAGCACAAGAAUGGAGCGCCUUGGAGACUCUUGCGGAAGCUUCGAGACAGGUUGAUCUGAACGAAAACAGCCGUACGCCAGCGGCAGCCGACGCGCCAAACGGCUCCGACGCGACUACUGCAAACCACGUUGGAAGCUUCGAGGUUGAAGAACAAUUUACGUUGGAUAAUCCCCCUCAGAACUACAACGGCCGAUCACCUGUUAUUGCAAAGCGAGGCGACAUUUUGAUGGUAAACCUUGCCUCGGGAGAGCAUGAGCCUUUGCCUCCUGCUGUAGGGGCAGCCACUGACGAACUUUCGACGGAAGAGAGACUACAAGCUCUUUUGCCUACUACGAACGGGGCUUCCGAGCCAUCGAAUAUAUCUGUCGCAGCGGCGGCUGCAGCUCGAUUGAACCCAUCGUUCCUCGAUCCUCAGUUGGUGAGCAACGAGGUGUCCGCCAGCCUCACUGCAGCCGCUGCAGAUGCUGUGUCUCAAGCUGCCAAUGUCUCAAGUUCCACUGAUCACAGCGCCACAGCAGCUGCGGCCGCAGCCGCAGCCGCUGCAGCAGCCCAGCCUUGGGGUGAGAUGACUUAUAUGGCGGCUGCGCCCGCCAUGCCCAUGCUCAAUGACACGCAACCGCCGCCGGUACCAGUGAACCGCGGCGGCGUGCGCAUGGACACCAGUGACAGCUUGCUGCUCAACGGCAGACCUCGCCACUCUCGAUCGCGGUUUACACCGGAUCGCAGAAAAGAAGUGCAGGAAGUCCGCAAGAUCGGCGCAUGCAUCCGCUGCCGUAUCUUGCGUAAGAACUGCGGCAAAGGCAACCCGUGUGAUACUUGCCGCAAGGUUCUAGCACCUCGAGUCUGGCGCACUGGAUGUGUAAGAACCAGACUUCAUGAGCAGCUGGAUGUCUAUUCAGCUGGUGUACAAGUGGUGCUCUCCCAAAACCGCAUCAACCUCCUUAAAGACCAACUCGAGCUAGCCAACGAUGGCAGCGUCAUCGAAGUAACACACUUUGUCGACUCGGAAAAGAAAAUCGUUCUUGGCACUUUGGAUGCUCUCCUUGAACCGAGCGAGGCGCAAGCUGCGGAGCGUAACAGCAAGGAGCCGUUCCGCCAAGCAAUCAUGAUUGAUCAAGACGUUGAAGAUGUCCCCGGACGCAUAGAAAUUUACAUGCGUGAUGUGCUACCGUUAUUUAUCGCAAAGGAACCGUCAAAUUUCAUGCGCGUCACGCUGGAAACUGCUAUGCAGCAACAGGCCAUAGAGGAGAGUGAGCUCCUGCGCAAAGCCCUAGAACUCUGGGGUCUUGUAGAGAGCAUCGAUCGUGAGCGGCAAUGGGCUAUCCUUGAACGCCCUAGUGGUACAGGCGUUGAGUCUCGUUGGAUCAACGAAGCGCAAAAUGCCAACGACGCCGAUAUCUAUACCAUGAUUUGCAUGCAGCUUAACGCGGCCGCCGAACGAAAGGCCAACAGCACGUCCAAGGCUCUACUGAACCACAUGGAUCGCCUGCUGACGGACAGCAAGACCAAGGUUGGCUUCACCAUGUUCUUGACAGCUGUGAUUUUCCUCAACUGUGUCGAAAAGUCGACUUGGGCUUUCAAGGCGUGGGAGCAGGACCAUCUCCGCCCUGGUUGGCCGUUGGAGCGUGACCCUAGCGUCUUCGCUCGCCAAGGCGGCAACCUGGCAAGCCUGCUGAAGAUGCUGCUCGCUAUAAGAAAAGCGCUGCCUCUGACGAUGAAGGAUGCCAACGGCAAGCUGGCCACAAAGGACAAGGAUCCCAUUGUCGCAGAUUACUUCCAACGACUCGACUUAGAAUAUGAUACGAUAGAAGAGCGACAGAAGGGAUCCCAGUUCUCCCCGGCCGACUCGCGCUCACUUGAGCUCAUGUUUUGCUCGCACAUCUUGCUUCCUAAUACGCAAUGACCGUGACGACAAAGCUACGUUUUUCUCUUUCACGACUUUGAAUUAUUAAUGAUAGGAUGAAUUAAAUGGAUUGGCAAGCGGAAACAAAAAAGUUACAGUGUAUUUCGGAUGGAGGAGUCUUAGGCACACGCUUCAACGGCCAGCUGCAAAUUGCGGCUAUAACGAUUAGGAAGAACAGGCAGACGUAUUCACUCCAGAGAGUAAUGUAAUGUAUUUGAAAUUUGUCAUCAUUAUGUCGUAACUAAAACAAGUGAUAAUACUAUGCCGACGGUGUGGGAGGAUCAGGCUUUGUCGAGCCGCCUCCUUGUCGACGAGGCUUCUUGAAGCAUGCGAAUUCAUUUUUGCUAGCUUCACGCAGCUUCUUUAAGACACUGCGCAUCUCAGGCAGCUCGCUUUGCAAACGAGCACGGGCAUCGUUGUCCGUUCUUCCGUCCAACUCCUGGUAUAUCUGGCUCUGCAGCUCCGAGCCCUUAUCGGUUGUGUAUUGGCUGAGAGUUUGAGCAACAAACUCCACGUCCAAUGUAGCUUGCAUCAAAGCCUCCAGGGUGUAUUUAUGUUUCGACUUGAAGGCUUCUAGCAGCUGCUGAGAUGUUUGUUCAAGCAAGAAGGAGAGAACCUGAGGAGUGAGUGAUGGAGUAGUCGUCGAUACUUGGGAAUGGACAAGCACUAGAGAAAGUAGAGCCUCGUAGACGUAGGGCUUUGCAGCAGCUGGGCGAGUUCCGGGCGGUGGUGCCCAAUCCGACGACUUGAGUCCUGCUUGAAUGAUACGUCGUAGCGCUUCAAUAGGCUGCUUGGUGUAUGAUUGGAAGAGUCUGGCGUCGAUCUGACCGAGAACAUCUUUGAUUGUCUUUGAUUCGUCUGUGAGUUUGACUGAAAAGGCGUUUUCGAAGCGAGAGUUCAAUCCAGGCACAACCUGGGAUCUAAGAUACGACAAGUUGUUAAGGGUGAGAAGCAUUCGGACAUUCUAUCAA